CGGGGUGGUGACUAUGACGCAGGAGAGUCACUGACACCCGUAACACGCUUGCUGCUGGCGUGUUCCUGUUUCCCCUGGAGGGUUUGUAGGGUUUGAUUGCCUCUCAGAAAUUGAGCCGGGCGAACCCCCCGCGCGAAUCUCCUCCAGCAAUCGUUCACAGUCGGCAUACAGUCGGCAUGGAAAGAGAAGUGUGUGUGUGUGUCCAUGUAGUAUAAAAGCCAUGCAUAGCGAUAGCAUCCAUCACACUGAGUGAAUUGGCCAACUUCUCACAGAGGCAGGCAGGCAUGCGAUUGCACACCGGACGGACAUAUGGUUGGUUACUCACCCGGUCCAUCCACUCACCACCCACCUACACGCCGCCUGCUAGUGCCCCGCGCAUGAUAAAGCGAGACCGCUCUGGAUGCCGCGGCAGUGCACCACCCACCACCCACCUCCCAUCGACCUGUACACACGAAAAACAACCUGAACUUUCUUCUUCCCCCCUCUCUACAAGUGUGAGCUGGCGGCCUGCCUGCCUGCCUGCGAUACAUGUGUGUCGAGUCAGCACCCAUCGAUCCAUCCAUCCAGCGUGCAAUGCACCUCCGAAGAAAGAGGUCCAAGACAGACAGGCACACAACACAACACAUGACAUGAAUGACACGCACAUCGAUCGCGUGGAGCGAGCCGGCCGGCCCUCAGUCGGGAAGGAGGCGACCGCGGCUGCGCUGCCCGACAAAAAACAGACGUAGGUGUGAUGCAUGGAUGGAUGGAUGGAUGUAUGUAUGCUCCGCAUCAAUAAGACGUAGCAACGCAUGGGUGAGAGUGCACUGGGCAAGUGGGUGAAUCCCUCUCUCUCUCUCUCUCUCUCUCUCUCUCCAUCCCUGCCUGUCUGCAGGAAGGUUUGUAUGUAUCAGCGAGAUCCCUCUCGUCUGUCUGUUGAAAUCCCUCCUCCCCUCCCUCCCUCCCUCCCUCCCUCCGUCUCUCGUUCGUGUGUCUGAGUCAUUUUUCUCAGCAGCGCCCCUCGAUGGUUGUUCCGUUCCGCACAUGAAUGGAUGGCCCCCUCGCCAGUUGGUGGCGAAGUCGCCCUCCAUUCACGACAGAGAAAGAACAGCCCACCAAGCAGCAGCAGCAGGAAGUAGGUAUGUGCAGGCAACAGAGCAAAACAAACACGGCGCCUCUCACUGCACACCGCCGUGCCUGCAGGUCUAUGAAUGAAUGGAUGGAUGGACUGGCUGGGGGGAUGGGGGUGAGAGACAGAGGAGUUAGGUGAGUGCCAAAUGGAUAGAUCAAAACCGAAGACAGAUAAGACAAGGAGAGAAGGAGAGACAGAAAAAUAGCCAGCCAGCACUGGCAAGCCGGCCGGCUCUGCUCUGCUCUCGACGUCCUCCCCCUCCCUACGUACACACCGCACCGCCCCCGCCACGGCAGCCCGAUACGAUCUGUGCUACUUCCCCGCCCCCAGCCAUGAAGCCAUCCACCCUGACUGCUGCUGCCGUUGCUGGGCACUGUCGCCCUUCGGCGCCUCAAGGACGAUGUUGUCCACAAGCCGACAGGAAGGGCCCACCGACGCACCUGACACGACACAGAAACGCCACGCCCACCACACACGUGCAGAGAGAGAACAUCCGCCGUGGUCUGCCUGCGUGUGUUCUGUUCCUUACCGAUAGCGACGCAGUAGCUCUUUGUGGGCUGCAGCACGUCGGCUGCCUUGCCCGUGUAAAGGUCGCACACAGUGAUGUAGUCCACAGACAGACCGUGAGACGCCGCAAACACCCGCCCAGCCUCAGUCAGCACCCCGGCGUCCCGCUCUCCACGCCGGUGCUGCGCCUCGACGGCCUGCAGCGUCUGGUAGAUGAGCGGCGCCCUCUUCCUCUCCUCCGGGGUGAGCCGUGCGUUGCGUGAUGCGAAGGCCAGGCCGUCCUUCUCGCGGACCGUCGGCACCACUGCCACCUGCAGCAGAGAAAGAGGAGAUGGGAUGGAGCCAUGGAUUGAGGGAGGGAGGGAGGGGGAAUGGGGUUACCUCGACGUCAGGGAAGAACUCGGCGCACAGUUUGCGCACGAUGACGGUCUGUAGGAAGUCCUUCUGGCCAAACACGACCACCGAUGGCCUGCGGACACACGAGAGAAGACAAUUCAGCGACGUGUGCAGAGCGUCCUCUCACUUGCCCUUGCUCACCUUGUCCAUGCGAAGAACUUCGUCAGGACGGUUCCAAUGCCCCGGAAGAAGCUGAGUGAGACCAGCAGAUUGACGUGUGUGCCCCCUUUCGGCCAUCCAUCUGUAUCCCUCGUCGCUCACACACUCACCCAGGUCGUUCCUUGCCCUCUCCGUCGACCGCCUCGAUGCCGGCGAAGUCCACACGCGCCGGGAAGCUGUCCUCUGUGUGUGUGCAGAGACAAAGAAAGGGGCCAUUCCACUCCAUCCGCUGCGCUGCAUGGUGAUAAUCCAUCCGUACCAGCUGUGGGGUAUAUGUCCUGCACAUUCGGGGUGAAGAUGACCUCGACAUUCCUGUCCCUCAGCUUGGCGAUGUCCUCAUCCAGACGCAUUGGGUAGGUCUCAAAAUCCUGCACAACCACCAACACACAAAGCAUGACAGCAGGAGCGAUGCGGCGUAGACAGAGGCUCGCGAGGCAGCACGGACCUUGGCCGACUGGAACUGCAGCUGGUUGAGGAAGAGGCUCGUCCACACACGGUCACCGCGACGAGACGCCUCGUCAAGCUGACGGAUCGCCCCAGACAUCCAUCCAUCCAGACUGCAUGAAUGAAUCCCUUGGAACCAACCCUUUUCUCCCCAGCUCACCAGUGCCAUGUGCCCGUCGUGCAGGCCACCUAGGAAGGGCACGAACGCCACACGAGCCGACGCUGGCAGGGUGGACCGCACACCCAUCAGCUCACUGGGUGUCUUGCACACACGAGUGGCCAUCGGUGGGCUGGUGGCCGCGGCUGUGGGUGCGAGGGCUGCAUGGGUCUCCUUUGCCGCUGUUGGCUGUGGUGGUAGUGGUGGGGAUGCUGGUGCUGGUGGGGUGGUCUGCCGCUGUUCCUCGAGCGCUUUGAUCAGGUGGACGAGCAUCUCGUUGACGGGCGCAGAGAGGCCGACCUUCCGCGCCUCAGACGCGAUGGCGCCACAAAUCGCCGAAAUCUCGGUGGGGAGCCUGAAACAGAUAUACACCCAUCCCAUAGGAAGUCCAUCUGCCUUGUCGUGUUCUCCAUCCACCACCCACCUCAUCCACCACCCACCUGUUCUCCACAUCAGUGCGCAUCGAUGACGUGUUCGCGGCCGUGGUUUCAGCGGCCCUCUGCACCACCUUGACGAGAUUCGACCCCUCGGGCAGCCGGAUGCCUCGCGCGCGGCCUACCUCAGAGACCUGAACAGACCAGGAAAGGUGCGUGCGUGUGUGCGUUGGAAUACUCUCGGGCGUAGGUGGCGGUGGGGGGUACCAACCUCCUGUGCGAUUUGGGAGAUGAGGGGCUCGAAGUGAGGCCGUGUGAGAGCACCGUUGUUGACGCCAUACAACGCCGUCAGGGGAUUCACGACGGCUGACACACACAGGCGACAACACAAGUUGAACAUGGGGAUGCCAAGGAAAGGCUGGCUGCUCACCAUUGAUGGCCAACUUGUGCCAGAUGGUCUCCAGCACAUCUUGCGACCGCACCGUGCGCGUCGUCAAAGCCGCCGCGUUCAACAGAUCCCUCACCCGCUCCACACACGCCUCGUCCUUCCUCUCCGCCGCCCCGAUGACCGUCUCGCCCUCCCCCAUCCGCCACACACGGCCCUCGUCCCCGGCACGCACAAGCGCCCCAUUGGUGGUGGUGCCCAGCAGCAGCUUCGGGCCGUCGCGGCCUUUGAAGGCCUUCUUCAGCUCUAGCGGCGCGUCGAGGCCGUUCUGCAGGGAGAGGACGCAGCCGUCGGGCCUCACAGCCCUCCUGGCGAGCUUGGCCGCCCGUUCGGUGUCGGCGCUUUUGAUCAGGAUGAUGGCGAGGUCGAAGGCGCCUUGUGGUAGGGUGGUGUCGUCAGUGACGACGUCCAGGGUGACGGGCGGGCCGUGGGGAUUGCCCAAGGGGUCCACACACGACAGACCGCCGCCAGAAGAGAUCGCACUCGCUGAGGAGAGACACAAUUCCAUAUAUGUGAGCGAUGGUGCGGUAUUUUCUCGGUGGGCUGACCUUGCUGUUGCCACCGCGUCGCGACGGUGACGGCUACAUCCCCCUUGGUGGCGAGCAUGUAGGCCACAAGUGACGCCAUGCCCCCCGAACCGAUCACCAACACCCUCUUCAACCCACCAGCCACCAUGCCACCAACACCAGACGCAGAUAAGGCCGGCUCACCCCCCUGAUCAACCACAACAUCAGCCGGAGACAGUGGCUCGCCCUCUGUCCAUCGGAUGAAGGCGUCCCUCUCGCCGGGAUCCAUCAAGAACGAGUUGUGCUGCGGGUGGGGGAAGGUCUCCCGCUCCACUGCUGUGGCGUACUCCUCGACUGCUUUGGCGGUCUGCCGCCAGCCGUCGCCAAAGCGCCUGACGAACUUGAGGGAGAGGGAGCCGGGCGACUGCAGGCCCAAUACGUCAUGCCACACCAACACCUGCCCGUCACAGUGAGGCCCUGCAGUGCACACGAACAAACACACAGAGAGGGAGGGGGAUGCGUGUGUGGAGGGCUUUGCGUUUGUCUGUGUGUGGACCUGCGCCAAUGCCGAUGGUCGGGAUGGUGAGUCUGCGUGAGAUCUCUUCAGCAACCUCUGAGCACACCUUCUCCAGGACGAUCAUGCAGCAGCCGGCAGCCUCGAGCGCCUGCGCCUCCUCGACCAAAUACUGCACCCACCCAUACACAACAUCAGCCACCCAGACAGCACAGCACCUCUGGUUGCGAGUGCCGCCACUUGAUGUGCCCUGGUCUCUACCUGGGCAUCUUUGGCCGUCUUGCCCCUCGCAAGGAAGUUCUCGGCCGUCUGCGGCAGCACACCCGUGUGGCCCACGACCGGCGUCAGCUGACUCACGGCCUGCAUACACCAACAGACAGACAGCCACACGGGAGUCUUGAUCCCUCCCUCAUAUCAUUGUAUAGGUGGGCAGUUUACCUUGAUUUGCUCGUACAUGGGUCCCUCGAUCUUGACGGCGGCCACGCCGCCCUCGUUGACGAAGCGAAUGGCGUUUUGGACGGCCCUGUCGACGGUGCUGUAGCUGCCGAAUGGCAUGUCGCCGAUGACGAAACACCGCGAGUUGCCGCGGGUGACUGACUUGCAGUGAUAUAGCAUCUCGUCCAUGCCGAUCUGAAGAUGAGAUGAAUGAUGGACCACCAGAGCUGCUGUGAAUGGGGUUUUCCUCUGGUUUGGUUUGGUUUGGUUUGUGCAGCGUCAGUCACCUGGUUGGUGCGUGCGUGUCCGAGCACCACGUUGGCCAGCGAGUCGCCCACAAGGAUGCAAUCCAGCACUGAUGGACAAGAAAACAACAAAACGCGCCCUCUCAUCAGCACGCCCGUUGAAAGACCAGCUCUCCAACUGCCGCCUACUUGCAGAAUUGGCCACUUGUGCGCCGAUGAAGUCAUACGCUGCAGGCAGGCAGGCAGGAUAAGAACAACACAACACACACACGGGGAUGGAUGCCGUCCGCCCGAUGCAUCAGAUCUGAUGCUUACACAUGCAGACACACAGACAGUUUUCCUCUCUCACCGGUGAUGACGGUGAUCUUCCUCCUCUCCUUCUUCUUCCGCAGCAGAUCUCUCAUCUUCAGCGACUUGACACCGCCGCCGCCACUCGCAUACAACGUCCGCACACCGCCCAUUCGCCGCCAAUCAUCACUCAUGGGCGGCAUCCGGCUUACCGCUGCCGGCGGUCUCGCCACGCACAGGCUGUGCAGCGCCAUCCGGCUGACCGGCAGCGCACCUGACGCCCUGGCUGCCGCCUGGCUGACUAGAGACCGACUUGAGGACAGAACUCGAUGAACACUCAGUCCUUUCAUCUUUCAACUCGGCGAUGACUUGCGGAUCCGAGUACGGCCUCCAUGAUGCUCACGCUGACGCGGUGACGGG